UAUCAGAUCAAUCAGCAAGAGGGCUAUUUUAUUGCUACUUGUCAGAUCUGUGCAUAGAUUUAAGACAUCUGCUUCUCUUAACAUGAGAAAAUGAUUGCUUGCCUACAUCACAAACUUUCAGAUUACAGAAGUUUCAAAAGUAGAAUGAAAAGCUGCCAACAAGCAUUAUUUAGAAAGACUGGAGUGUCUAUCACAACCUAUUAUGACACGACAGCUUCCUCCAAAACCCCUAGCUGAUUUUAGUUCCACCAAAUGUCUACUGAUCUGAUAAUGCAUCAAACUUCCAAUUUGAUCUUACAACAAGUAAUCUGCUGCUGAGCUCCUGAACAACAUGUUAAUUUUAUUUAAGUCAAAAAAUAAGUGGUCAAACAAUGAUGAGGAAUGAGAAGGAAAGUUAAAUACAUGAUUUUUUUCAAAACACUUCAGAAUUCAUGAUACGUACUUGAUGGGAAACCAAGAAUAUUUUCAACAAUGGAGAACAACAGAUUUGAAGCUUGAAUCAUGUGUCAUCUCCUGUCUGACAGUAUUUCAAAAUACCUCAAAAAUGUUGAAAUAGUAUUUCAGAUACAGCUUUAUUUAUGCUGUAGCUCCUUAUUUAUGUUUUCUUGAGACCUGAGUGAUAUGAGUAAUGUAAAAACAAUUAGAUGGAACAGCUACUAACAAUUUUGAAAUACCGAACACAACUUCUUAAAUAUUGCUAUUAACAAUCUAGAAAGUAUAUGUUUGCAGCACUGUCCCUUCCAAACUGAUCACUAUUAUGUCUUCUAGUCAUGCCACCAAGCUGUCUCUGCACGAGUUCCUAUAUGUACCAAAAUGGUCCAGUGGAAUCACGUGACAGCAGAAUAGUAACAGUGAAAAACUCUGUUUUGUUUCUAUUUCAUCACUAAGAACUACCUAAAAUCAAGGGGUUUAUCUCAUUGCAGACAGGAGGGCUGGUCCCAAUGAGUGAAGGAACAUUGAUCUGCAAUUUGGGAAAAAAAAAUAAAAUUGAGAAGUGACAAAAAAGUUCAGCAGCCUUAUACUGUACUAAUUAUAUGUGCCUACUGGUUCCCAUGCUCACAUAAAACACAAAAAUAUGCCUAGGCUGCUCUGUUGUACAGUAAAAUGGCGAGCCAUGGAAACUGUUAAGAUAGAGAGGGUGGGGGGAAGCCCCCCACAUACCUCUCUGUGUAAGCCCCAGCAAACAGAUUACAAACCCUGGGGCACAGACAGAUUUAACAGCACAGCCUUAAAGGCAAGGCCACUUCUGGCACAGUUGUACACCCCGAUGAUCCUCUUUACAUCUAAAACAGCAAGAACCUCUUUCAGGAAGGCAGGGGCCACAUUUGUUUCAAUGCAGGCUCCUGCACACACCCUUGCUAUUCCAGAGUGUUCUGUGCCUGCUGUGACACUGAACUGUGGCACCAGCCAGGGCCUGGCUUGUCCCCUUGGCUUUCCUGUGGCAGCUCUCUGUGAAAACCUCAAGCACUGGGCCAGAGAGGAGAGGGCUGAGACAACACCUGAUGGUGUCGAUGAACAAACAUGAGCCAGCAGCGUGCCCAGGCGGCCAAGAAGGCCGAUGGCAUGCUGGCCUGUGUCAGAAAUAGUAUGGCCAGCAGGAUGCUGUACUUGGCACUGGUGAGGCCAUGAGGCUUGGGCCCCUCACUUCAGGAAGGACAUUGAGGUGCUGGAGUGUGUCCAGAGAAGGGCAGCAAAGCUGGUGCAGGGUCUGGAGCACAUGUCCCACGAGGAGCUGCUGAGGGAGCUGGGGCUGUUCAGCCUGGAGGAGGCUCAGAUGAGCCCUUAUUGCUCUCUACAACCACCAGGAAGGAGGGUGCAGCCGGGCGGGGGUCAACCUUUUCUCCCAAACAACAAGUGACAAGACAAAAAGAAGUGGCCUCAGGUUGCUCCAGAGGAGGCUUAGGUUGGACAUUAGGAGGAGUUUCUUCACAGAAAGAGCAAUUCGACACUGGAAUGGACUGCCCAGGGAGGUGGUAGCCACCCUCCCUGGAGGUGGUAAGGAGAGACCACGUUGCACCCAGUGCCAUGGUCUAGGUGACACGGUGGUGUUCAGUCAAAGGCCAGACUCGAUGAUUUCAGCGCUCUUUUCCAACCCAGCUAACCCUGCGACCCUGUCACUGCGCCACCCCUGCCACCCGAACCCCGCGGCGACCGCCCCGGCGCAGGGAACAGACCCUGACGCUCCCUUCUCUCGCGAGAGCAGCGCGGAAGCCUCGCGAGAGCGGCCGGCGGCCCCGCCUCCCCGGGCGGGGAAGGCGCUCGCUGCGGUUUUUCCUUUUUUCCCGCCGCUGGCGCGCGGAGCCGCCGGGAGCCAACCAGACAUACACCCCUCUUCAGAAACAGUUUCAUAACUAUGUAAUUUAAAAUACAAAGUUUGAGAGUGAGCCAGUUCUGCAAGUCAAAGAAGCUGGGAGCAGAAAAAAGCAAGAUGAAUGCAUCUGGAGGAAGCUGUGGCAGCCCUAGUUCUGCAGAACCUACAGGAGAUUUCUUCAAAGAACUGUGGUCCAAACUGAAGGAAUGUCAUGAUAAAGAAGUACAAGGCUUGCAGCUGAAAAUAUCUAAGUUGAAAAAGGAAAGAUGCUUGGAUGCAGAGAGGCUUGAAGAGUUCUAUACCAAAAACCAACAGCUCAGAGAACAGCAAAAAGCACUUCAUGACACUAUCAAGGUUUUAGAAGACAGAUUAAGAGCGGGGUUAUGUGAUCGCUGUGCUGUAACCGAAGAACACAUGAGAAAGAAGCAGCAAGAGUUUGAAAAUAUCCGGCAGCAGAAUCUCAAACUUAUAACUGAGCUUAUGAAUGAAAAAAACAACUUACAGGAUGAGAAUAAAAAGUUAACUGAACAGUUCCAGCAAUUACAGAAGGAGCUAGAGGUGCAAAAGCAGCAGGCAGUGGAGGCAGAAGAAGUUAUUCCAGAUUCUCCAGUUAUAACAUCUUCAUUUUCUGUGGUUAAUCGUAUGAGAAGAAAAAAAGAGAAUAGGCAUGUCCGAUAUACAGAGCAUACACCCCCAGAUUUGGAACUUAAGGAAAGCAACAGUGAGUUUGGAAAAAUUCCACUCUUUUCCACACAAGUGAGCACUCACCAUGGAGGAGAGAUACUAGUGACAGACACCUGUGAUCCACAACUGUCCCCUGUGCCAGAUAAAGCAAGGAUGGGAGGAUACCCUGUUCCAAAGCCAUCUUUUAACUUGGCUGCAGUCGUUGCAGAAACAAUUGGACUUAGUGUUGAAGAGGAAUCUGAGUCCCAGAGUGUACUGAAUCUUCCCCUCACUAAUACAGUUAUGAGCCAGGCCUCAGAGAGCAUGCAGUCUGAAGACUCAAGAAAACAUCCAGCUUCUGAAUCAAGAUAUGAUGACAACAAUUUAGGUAUUUCAGAUCCAUCUCAUAACACUCCACCAGGUGAUGACUGGGAUUCUCGGGUAGCUUCUCCUGUUUUUGGAGCUUCUAGCAGCGUGAAGAACAACUCAAGUACAGUUCAUGCUCCUUGUAUUUUAGAUUCAGAAUUGAAGCCUCAUUUCAAAACCAACCUCUUCAACAAUCCAUCCAGUUCCAGAUCUCAUAAAAGUAGAUCAAAAUCUGAAGAUGUUGCUUUUGUUGCACCGCUGAAUCUUGGGAUGGAAAUCAACUCAGUUAUCAGCCAGGCCUCUGUCCACAGGCAAAUGGUUUUGAAAAAGAAUUCUAACGAGGCUGUAACCUGUGUUGGAAACACCUGCACAGCUAAAAAUGAGGCGAUCAAGAGUGAUGUCCUCCUUGUAUACCAGAAGCAGCUAGAAGGCAAGUGUGCUAAGAGAAAGAGAGCUGAAGAUGAUCAUGCAGUUAGCUGUGAGAAAACAUCAUUCAGCAAAGAGAACUCUGUGCCCUUUCGAUCUGAUGUUCGGCAGGUUAAUGGGGAACAUACAGGGGAUAAGCCCUUGGAUCUGUCUGAUCGCUUCUCUGGAGUUCGUGGUCAGGAGAAAAAACAAGGAAGUGAGGAGACAUAUAAAAACAGACUGAAGCAAGUGACUCUGCAUGACCUUUUUUCACACAUAGGGAAGACCAUUCCUGAAGGUUCAUCAUCCGUUCAAAAUGCCAACAAUGAGAGCUGUCUGUUUGGCAGAGAUUUACAAGAGGAAUCCUGUGUACAAGAGGCAGUGCUGGGAAAGACAUUCCCUGACGGGAAAAACCAGAUCCCAACGAAAGAAGAAGUUCCUCCCUUCAAAUUUGCACCCUUGCCGAGUUCUGCAGAGACAGAGGAACUUUUUGAUGAUGUAAAGGUUGCCAGUGGCCAUGUACCAAAUAGAAAGAAAACAAGGACAGGACAUGGAGAGUCUGAACCAGCAUCUGUACUUCAGCCAAACCCUUGUAGACUAUCAAAAAGUAAAGCACAGCAAAAUGAGCAAGACCUGAAAGAUAAACCAUCUUUAGAAAACUUCCAGUGGAGCAUUGACCCAGGAGCUGACCUUUCACAGUACAAAAUGGACAUUACUGUGAUUGAUACAAAGAGUGGUUCUCAGACCAGAGUUGGAGGGGAAGUUGUUGAUAUGGAUUAUACUUAUGUUAGUGACAGUGUGCUAUUAGAAAUGAAAAGUCAACAGCAAAAUCAGGAAAGCAGUCCACGAGGAGAAAUAACAGAUAUGUUUGAUCGGACGACCCAUGAAGAAUAUGAAUCCUGCCUACCAGAAGACAGUCCUCCUGCAUGUGAUGAAAAAGAAACUCUUCAUGAUGAAGAGCAGGAUAAGGGAAUAACAGCAGCAAGCAAGAAACUAAAGACACAUGAGGAUAAACAAGAUAAAGCCAAGCAGAAAGCUUUUGUGGAGCCUUAUUUCAAAAGUGAUGAGAGAAAGAAUACUGUGAUAGAUUUUCCUCAUAUUGAGGUUAUUAGAAAAAAAGAAGAAAGAAGAAAGUUACUUGGCCACACUUGUAAGGAAUGUGAAAUAUAUUAUGCAGACAUUCCAGAAGAAGAGAGAGAGAAGAAACUAGCUUCCUGUUCAAGACAUAGAUUUCGCUACAUUCCUCCAAAUACUCCAGAAAAUUUCUGGGAGGUUGGAUUUCCUUCUACCCAAACCUGUGUAGAAAGAGGCUACAUUAAAGAAGAUCUUGCUCCCUGUCAACGUCCAAAAAGGCGGCAGCCUUACGCUGUAAUGUUUUCUCCAAAAGGCAAAGAGCAGAAGACAUAAAGGAUGGGGAAGUGAAGAGUGCCAGCCUGAAGUGGAUCUUUCCUGUCUGUAGAUAUUUAUAGUUAAUAUAAACUUGAAAUAAAGAGCUGUGUUUUCCACAAUGAUAGAUAAAUUGUUUAAUUGAAUAUGUAAAUUUUUAAAAAUUCAUUUGCAAGUCUGAUGUACCAGGGAACCGAAACCGAACUAUUUAAUGUAUGUUUGUUUCAUAUUGUGUUAAUACAUUUUUUAUUUGUUUUUGCACCUGACAGAGAAGUCUCCUACUUUUUUUUUUUUUUUCCCUUUAAGGCCAGCAGCUGAAAUUCCAGCAAUUCCUGCCUGAGCUUUGUGUCAGUGAAUAACUGCUUUGAAGCCACUGAAAUCAUUUGUUCUUGCAAGAGUAAAUGUCUGUCAAUGGGAACAGAAAUGACAAUUUUCUAGGGUGCUUUUAUUUUGCUCUGCAUUUUCUUGUAUUUCUUUUCUCUUGUUGCAAUAAUGGUUGUAUCUACUUGGAAUAAAGCUGCAUUAAAUAUGAAAUGUAUCUACUGUUCAUAGUUUGGAGGUGUGAAAACCAGGAAGUCUAAGUGUCUUUCUUCAAUUCUGGUGUUCAAUGUAUAGCACCAUGUUUUGCUCAGUGUUUAAAUUAGAAUGUUCAAUAUUCCUUUUAUUUUUUCCUUGAAAUCUCUUGGCAUAUAUAUGUCUCAUUUCUUCAUAGAGAUAAGCAUCGUUAUUUAUAUAUUGGGGUGACAGCUCUGCCCAGAGUUCUCCUAGUGGACAAGAAUAGUCAUCACCUAGGUUACAAAUUAUUUUCCAGAGAUAUUUUUAAUUAAUCUUUUGUAGCAGGGGAUAUAUUUCUAUGCUUGCUGGGGGAAAGUAAGAUUAUACAGUACCACAGAGGCAGGGUAAUACCUACAUAGGUAGGCAAGCCGAAGAUCACCAUAAGAUCCCUAGGAAUAAAGCAGCUACAACCAGAGCUGGGUUCAAGCACUUAGAACUCUUUUUAAAAGAGAUCAUAAAGCAAGCAACUAUUGAAAUGCCUGAAAUAAAAAUAAAACAAUAGAAAGUACAGAUAAACCCUGAGAUAUAUCUGUAUUUAUAUUUAUAUAUAAAAAUGUAUCUGUGAUUUCUAUUCUUAUGCUUUAUGUAUGGGUAUAAAAAUAUAUUUAAAAACUUGGUGGAUAGGACCAUUUAAAUU